CUUAGAUUACUUCAAGGAAAGCUCUUCUCCAUCAUGGACUUAAAAAUUUUUGAUUUUGUUUGCAUUGGCAACUCAAUCAUUUGCAGCUGUCUCUCCGGUUGAGGAGUUCGGAAUCUUAAGUCCAACUUCAAACUGUGACGUCGCUGCAUUGGGCAAGGCGCUGUGCGAUAAAGAAGUUGAGGUCGUGGAGGAAAAACUGAAAGGCGUAACGACGUUGAUGAACCAGAAGCUUUGUGAAUUUCAAAUCAAAGCACUUCGCGAGAGCGGAGAGCAGCAGAAGCAAAUCUGCGAAUACAGAAUCAAAGAAGCGAAUCAACAAAUCAGCAAUGCCCUGAAAACCGCACAACAUAGAACUUAUGGUCGAACUGUUUCCGAACAUGUUGCAAGUAAUUUGAUGCCACUAUUUCCAGGAUCGAAGUAUUACAUCAGCAAGGAGAAGUUGAAUUGGCAUCUGGCAGGAAAAUUUUGCAAAUCAAACGGUAUGGAACUGGCCAGUAUCGAAACAGAGGCCGAAAAUAACGCUCUUCUCGAUGUCAUUGAUAAAGAGAACCCAAAAGAAUCUUAUUGGCUUUCUGGCAGUGAUUUGGGAUCAGAGGGAACGUUCUAUUGGACUGGGACGGGUUUGGAUAUUAGCGGAUUUACUUACUUCGUCGAAGGACCGCUAAACAAUCAUGGAGGCAAAGAACACUGCCUUCAAUUCUGGAAAUUUCCAUCUAAUAAUCUUGCUUGGAAUGAUCAUCAAUGUCAGCUAAAUUUCCGUUUUAUCUGCGAGGUCAACGAAAACGAGCUAUAAGGUGUGAAAAUAUUUCAAGUGAUGCUAAUUUGAAAUGCAGGCGUUUCGACACAGGAUGUAAUAAAAAAU